AUGACUCCCAUAACUGGAACUGUUGUUAAUUUUCCUAUCAAUCCCAUAACUAAACAUUUUCGAAUAACUCGCCAAGUGGCCAGUGCAGGACCGGAAAUGGUUUGGAAAAUUUUCGAUGCCGUGAGGACGGACACAAAUGAACUUUGUUCCGUCUUUCUUUUUGAAAAAUAUAUCGCCGACAAACUGCACAAGCCAAGAAGACGAGAAAUUGUGACAAACAUGCUGAAAAGAGAGGUGAACUUACUGACGCAACUAAACCAUCCAAAUCUGCUCCAUGUUGUUUACCCAGUAGUGGAAACUAGCGAAAAUAUUGCUUUCGCAUCGGAGCACGUGAUGCUCAGUUUAGCUAAUUAUUUUGGAAAUCACACCAGGAUGCCGCAGCCACUUCCCGAGGAUGUACAAAAUUUCCAACUGGACGAACUUGAUCGUAAAAUGGGCCUAUACCAGUUGACAGAUGCUCUGCGGUUUCUGCACAGUGGUCAAUCCCUAUUCCACAACAAUGUAUGUCCAAGUGCUAUUCUUCUCACUUUGCGUAAACAAUGGCGCCUGUCCUCGUUGGCGUUUGUGGAAGCUUGUCAAGACGACAAUAGCUUGAGGAGUAAUGGCAAAAUCAGCAUGGAGAAAACCAUCAGAACGCAUGGA